AUGACAACACAUGCAACAAUGUCGUUUGAUAGUCAACCUCGUCAUACAUUAUACAGCAAUCGAACUUAUGCUCGUACGACGACGACAACAACAACAUCAUCAUCACAUUCAUCAAAUGACAAUCGUCCAUUUCAUUCAUAUUUAAAAACAUUACCAACAAUAAACAUAUGUGAAAAUCGUCUAUAUGAUAUAACAAUAGCUGGUGAUCUUGGAUCAGCAACAUCAUCAUCCUAUAUUAAUAGUAGUGAACAUUAUGAUAAUACAUAUAUUAAUACUUAUGAUAAUCCAAUACAAUAUUUUGAAACUUUUCCAUCAAAAUCACUUGGUAUUGUUAAUGGUAGUUUAAAUAAUCUUCCACAUUCCAAUGAGAAUUUCUAUGAUCAUGCUGGAGAAGAUGAUAAUGGAAAUUGUUCACCAAAUACUUCACGUAGUACAUCACCUGUUCUUUUUUAUUUGGAAAAUAAAAACUUAGCAAUAUGCGCAUGUAUUAUUUCAUUUCUUUUAUUAUUACUUAUUGGCCUUGGCAUUUUUUUAUUAAAUAAACUUAUCCGUCCUGUUAUUAUUAAUACGACAGUAAAUAAUCAUUAUGGUAUAAUGAAUAUGACAAAUACAACAACCAUAGCAACGAUGAUUUCAAAUCGUCCGAUAAUUUCUACGCCAAUGAUAAUGUUAUUAAGACGUUCUUCUGCAGAUAUUCUAACAACAACAACAACCACAACAAAUACAUUAGUAAGAGAAGAUUUUGCGUUAUCAUGUCCACCUAAUCGUUGGGGAAAUGCAUGUGAAAAUAUUUGUAAACCAUGCGGUCUCGGUGCAUGUCAUCCUACUACAGGCAAAUGUAUAUGUCCAACUGAUAUAUAUGGGGAAUUUUGUGAUCUGUGGAAAGUUAAUGAUAAACCAAAACGUGGCGACAUGAUGAGUUGA